AUGUCACUCGGUGCAAUUCUGCCACUUAUCAGAGAUACUGCAAUGUCCGAUGAAUAUUUAUUUCUUUUUAAUUUCUUAUUAUUAUUGUUGUCAUUUAUAUUUGUGUCAUUGGCCUUUUACGCGGUAUCUGAAGAAUCAAAAGGUGGAAUGUUGGCAUUUAUAGUUUUUUGGCUUUUAUUAGUUAUAGAAUUGAUCUAUUUGCUUACAGUCCAUGGAAGCUCUGCUGCUGCUAUAGGGUGGACUUUUUGGAUAUUGUUUACGUUACUUUUUUUUAUAAUAUCAUUAGCGGCUUUGGUAUAUGCGAUACUGGCAUUAAACAAUUUUGGAAAAGGACUAAAAGCAUAUGUUAACCAUUUAUCAUUACAAGAUUAUGAAUCGUCUCUAUUUUUACAGAAAGCGAAAAUCAUUGAUGCUGAAAAUCAUCGUGAUAUGCGGACAUGGCGUUCUGAAGAAUAA